AUUUAAGCAUUGAUGCUGAUGCUUGGAAGAAUUUAUUUACGAUUUUCAUUAGUUUAUAAACAUUUUAACAAUAUUUUCAAUAAUUCAAAGUGUUUUGUGUUGAGUUUUUAAUGUUAAAAUUCUAGAACAAUAUGACGGAAGAACGUUUGCAUAUCGACUGGGGCAAUGAAAAACUACACAGGACUCAGAAACAGGUGGAGAGGAAUCCCUAUGAUUUGGAAUCUUGGUCAAUUUUAUUGAGGGAAGCACAAUCAAAGCAUAUAUCCGAAGUUAGAGCACUAUACGAGCAUUUAAUAAUAAUAUUCCCAAGCGCUUCUAGAUACUGGAGGAUAUACAUUGAACAUGAGAUGAAAGCUCGUAAUUUUGAACGUGUAGAGAAGCUGUUUCAAAGAUGCUUGAUGAAGAUUUUAAAUAUUGAAUUGUGGAAGCUGUAUCUGAAUUAUGUCAAGGAAACGAAGGCUUCACUUCCCACAUAUAAAGAGAAAAUGGCCCAAGCGUACGACUUCGCCUUAGACCGCAUAGGCAUGGACAUCCACUCUUAUUCCAUAUGGAACGAUUACGUUAAUUUUCUAAAGGGCGUCGAGGCUGUAGGAUCAUACGCCGAAAAUCAAAAGAUCUCUGCUGUUAGAAAGGUAUACCAGCGCGGCAUCAUCACCCCCAUGACGGGCAUGGAGACCUUCUGGAAGGACUACAUAGCUUUCGAACAGAACAUCAAUGCCAUAAUCGCUGAGAAAAUGAGCAUCGAACGAAGUAGAGAUUACAUGAACGCCAGGAGGGUAGCCAAAGAACUGGAAGUACAAAUUAGAGGUAUUAAUCGAAACGCUCCUAGUAUUCCACCUAGUGGAACGCCAGAAGAAAGAAAACAAGUAGAAUUAUGGCAGAAAUAUAUCGCGUGGGAGAAGAGCAAUCCGCUAAGAACUGAAGAUACGGCCCUGCUCACGAAGCGCGUAGUAUUCGCUUUGGAACAAUGUUUGCUCUGUUUGGGUCAUCACCCCGAUAUUUGGUACCAAGCCGCGCAAUUUUUGGAAUACAGUUGCAAAAUUCUAGCCGAAAAAGGGGACGUAAACGCGUCGAAAUUAUUCAGCGAAGAAGCGGCAAAUAUGUUCGAAAGAGCCACCAGCUCUUUGUUGAGCAAAAAUAUGCUGUUGUAUUUCGCGUACGCUGAUUACGAAGAAGGUAGAUUGAAGUACGAUAAAGUUCAUCAGAUUUACGAUAAAUAUUUGGACAUUGCGGAUAUUGAUCCUACGUUGGCUUAUAUCCAAUACAUGAAAUUCGCGAGGCGCGCCGAGGGCAUAAAAUCCGCCAGGGCGGUAUUCAAGCGGGCCAGAGAAGACCCUCGAUCGACCUACCACUUGUUCGUCUGCGCCGCUCUCAUGGAGUAUUAUUGCAGUAAGGACAAGAACAUCGCUUUCAGGAUAUUCGAGCUGGGCCUGAAGAAAUUCGGCGCCGUUCCGGAGUAUAUUACAUGCUACAUCGACUACUUGUCGCACUUGAACGAAGACAAUAACACCAGGGUGUUGUUCGAACGCGUUCUUUCAUCGGGCAGCUUGGAACCCGAGAAAUCUGUUGAUAUUUGGAAUCGAUUUUUGGAGUUCGAAUGCAACAUCGGGGAUUUACAGUCGAUAGUGAAGGUCGAAAAGAGGCGAUCCGAAGUUUUGUCCAAAAUUAAAGAGUUUGAAGGCAAGGAGACUGCUCAAUUAGUCGACAGAUAUAGAUUUUUGGAUCUUUUUCCUUGUACGCCGCAAGAACUGAAGAGUAUCGGGUACACUGAAGUUAUAAACGUUACUGGAGCGGCAAAAAACCACAUUUUGCAAUCUAUAAUAGAAUCAGAACCGGAUUUACCCCUGCCUAUUCCAGAUUAUUCACAAAUGAUUCCAUACAAGCCUAAGGCUAAUCCGUUGCCUGGAGAACAUCCUGUUCCAGGAGGUUCGUUCCCACCGCCUCCAGCCGCUGCACACUUGUGUACCCUCUUACCGCCUCCCAAUUGCUUCCGAGGACCUUUUGUGCACGUGGACAUUCUCAUGGACAUUUUCAACAGGAUACAUCUUCCAGAAAAGUUUCCUACUCAGUCAUCGGAAAUUGGGGAUGUUCGUUUGUUCGAUUUGGCGAAAUCGGUGCAUUGGAUAAUCGAAGAAGGCGGCGGUAUAGGAUUGAAGAAAAGAAGAAGACUGGGAGCUGGUAUGGAUGGGUCCGAUGACGAGGACAUGCCUUUACCUCCAUCUAAUGAUAUAUAUCGCCAAAGGCAGCAGAAGAGAGUUAAAUAAUUCAUUACGCGCGUUGUUUUUUUCAUAUUUUUUAAUACAUUUAUUUAGCUGUGAUGGAGAAAUUUGUUUUUACCUUGUGGAAAUAUGAUAUGAGUAAGUCAACGUUAUAAUUGUUUCCUUUGGAAUAAAGUUCUGUAGAGUGAAGUUUUUGUACUUUGAUAAUAUUUAUUAGUAAUAGAAACAAUAACGAAAUGAGAAUAGUUAUUAUUUCCAUUGCUCAAUAUUGAAUUGUCUAGGGAAAGUUUUAAACCGCAACAAAAUUCUG